CAACUUUUGGCCAGAAAGGUGGGAAGAAAAUUUUUGAUGAGAAUUUUACAAGCUGGCUGUAAAUCCCUGGAAGAAUCAAGUCUCUAUUCAUAUUUACAUCUUUCAAAGCAUUUAGCACAGGGACUUGCAUCUCUCCAUCAACAUGUGCUACAGAGGGAGUGCCUGUGCCCAGAGAUGAAUCUGUGUUACUUUACUAUUUGGUGCUGAUGAAGACCAGAAAAAAAUCAGAUAUACUUCCUCAAGGAGUUUAUAUAACAUGUGCUGAUGAGUAAGAGAUACUUACAGAAAGCCACAAAAGGAAAGCUGCUCAUAAUAAUAUUUAUUGUGACCUUGUGGGGGAAAGUUGUGUCCAGUGCAAACCAUCAUAAAGCUCACCAUGUUAAAACGGGCACUUGUGAGGUGGUGGCACUCCACAGAUGCUGUAAUAAGAACAAGAUAGAAGAGCGAUCACAGACGGUCAAGUGUUCCUGCUUCCCUGGACAGGUGGCAGGCACCACGCGAGCAGCUCCAUCUUGUGUGGAUGCUUCAAUAGUGGAACAGAAAUGGUGGUGCCAUAUGCAGCCAUGUCUUGAGGGAGAGGAAUGUAAAGUUCUUCCGGAUCGGAAAGGAUGGAGCUGUUCCUCUGGGAAUAAAGUGAAAACAACUAGGGUAACCCAUUAACCAAGGAUAAAUCAAUCAAGUGAUCCUCAAGCCUGAUUACAUUCAACAUAUGCACAGAAACUUAAUUCCUGAGGUGAUCUUGAAGGGAGAUUUUUAUACCGCUCACAAGAGGCACUCCAGAGCUAUAUUUCCAAGGGAUUUCAUGGCUCAUAAUCAGCCUCUUCUUGAAACCAAGACUUUAAAAAAGCCUGACAUGAACUUCUAUGCCAUGAAGAUGUCAGAUUUGAACUGUGUUCAACUUGUAAAAUUGCACUUGCUAAAAGAAUUUGAAGUUCCCAUCUGAAGAGUUGGUGUUUCCAGGUGAUGUCAGAGACACUCACCGUUUGGGUUUUUGGCUUCAAAUAUGACUGCUUUUCUUGUUUCUGAAAGUUUGCCAAGUGCACCAGCCUUCUGCCAUGGAUGUGUUCCUGGGUCCGGUCCUGUGUUCACUGGCUAGUGGGAAUGCACCCAGCUUUAUUGAUAUUUCCUUUGCAAACUUCUCCUUUGGCAUGGUGUAGACUGAGACGAUUUUAUUUAUAUCCUAAUCUUGGAGCUCUGAAA